GAGAUAGAGAAGAUGAGUAAUUUGGAAUCAUCAAUCAAUGGUUACCCAACUAAUGAAGUUGGAACAAGUGGCUUUGCUGUCUCAUUCAAUGAUAUCAAGGAAGCCUAUGAGAGGAUCAAACCACACAUCCACAAGACUCCAGUCCUAACAUGUCAAAGCAUCAAUGAGAUAGCAGGCAAGGAGUUGUUCUUCAAAUGUGAGAACUUCCAAAAGGUCGGUGCAUUCAAGUUUAGAGGCGCAUGCAACUCUGUGUUCAAGCUGAGUGAGGAUGAUUUGAAGCGUGGAGUCACAACACAUAGCAGUGGAAAUCAUGGUCAGGCAUUGGCAUUGGCUGCCAGGAUGAGGAAUACAACUGCUUAUGUUGUAGUGCCAAAGAAUGCUCCAAAGAUCAAAUUAGACGCCAUCAUUGGCUAUGGUGCCAACGUACAUCUUUGUGAGCCAACACUACAGGCAAGAGAGUCUGGUGUUGAGGCAUUGAUCGCUCAACAUGGCUGCAAGAUGAUCCAUCCAUUUGACAAUGCCGAUGUCAUUGCUGGUCAAGGAACUGUUGCCAUUGAGCUCCUCUCUCAAGUUGAGAACCUUGAUGCCAUCAUUGUUCCAAUUGGUGGAGGUGGUGUUAUGUCAGGUGUAACGAUCGCUGCCAAGACCAUCAAUCCAGAUAUUAAGAUCAUUGGAGCUGAGCCAUUGGGUGCAGAUGAUGCAUUUAGAUCAUUCGAGAAGGGUGUGAAGCUUCCACAUCGUGAUAACAAUCCAAACACUAUCGCCGAUGGUCUACUCACAACUGUUGGUGAUCUCACAUUCCCAAUCAUCAAGUCACAUGUCCACUCCAUUAUCACUGUCGACGACAACGAGAUCAAGGCUGCAAUGAAGUUGGUAUGGGAUAGAAUGAAGAUAAUCAUCGAGCCAUCAUCAGCCACUGUUUUGGCAGUUGUACUGAGCGAGAAGUUCAAGGAGAAGUAUGGCAACGAUGGCAAGGUCAAGAGGAUUGGACUUGUCAUCACUGGAGGCAAUGUGGACUUGGAGAAGUGUCUAUCAUUCCUUACAUCUCCAUCA